AUGUCAGAAAGAGGUAGUUUCACUAAAGGUGAUAGAGAUGGGGUGGGUCAAGUUGAGCAGCUGCAGCAACACCUCGCAAACUUUGAGCCUUCAUCAGAACAAACAGAACAGCAGGAAGAGGCCCAGACUGGUGUGGAGUCACUUCGGCCAGUGAAUGAUGAUACAGAGGCUGCUAAUGAGAUAGCACAACAAGAGCCACGAAAAGGUGAGAGGGUCCGCAGGUUAACUGAAAAGGGCAGAGAACUGCGCGACGAAAGGUGGAGACAGCUCGAACAUCGUUUCAGGGUCAGCUAUGAGAAGUGGAAGGCUCUGCCCUCAAGUGCUUCCUCCCAGUCUCAAAGCAACUCAAAGGUCAACUCCAGACGCUCAAGCGUGUCAUCUGUCAAGAGACAAGAGGCUGCGGCGGAAGUUGCUGCUAAUCAAGCAGCUUUAGAAGUAAUGGUUAAGCAAGAACGCCAACUAGAAGAGCUUCAGCGACUCGAAGAUGAAGAUAAGAAGAGGACAGCGGAGCAAGAAGCUGAGGCUGUGAAACGCAGCUUAGAAGAAGCUAGGCUGCGAGUCAAGUUAGAGGUAGAAAAUGCUGCCAGACGAAGGACACUAGAAGACAAGCGUAGAGAGUUAGAGCGCCUAGAAGUGCUCAAGAAACUAAAUGCUGCCAAGGCGCGAAUAGACAACAAAGGCUCUCAAUACAAGGAAGGAGCCAGUCCAACUGAAACUCUCUACAAUGGCUUCAAGAAAUACCACUGUGCCCUGCCAGAAGCUGUCUGGUUUGCAGGGAAAUCAGCCUUUGCUCAGAGAACAGAUCUUGGCUGGAGCAUAGUCGGCUAUGGAAAUCCAUGUAUCGACUAUGGCGACCCUAUUGGAGUGAGUCAUCGGGUUAUCGUUAGACAGGUGAUGCCAAGCCUUCAAUCUUCUUCCAACCUCACAAAUCAAGUACACCAUGUUUGUAGAACACAUGUAAGAGAGGUAAUCACAACACUGGACAUUAUCAAGACGCUUGAAUCUGACUUCAACGAGAGAGCUGCAGAAGAGGAUAUCCGGUUCCUGAAGAAAAUGAAAGAGGGCAUCAGACGCAAGGACAAUGGACAUUAUGAGAUGCCGCUGCCGUUUAAGGAAGAAAGACCCAAUCUGCCGAACAAUAAAACAUGUGCAGUUCACCGACUCAAGUGCCUGGAAAGGAGGCUAAGGAGAGACAAGCACCAUGGAGUUUAUCACCCACAAAAGCCUGGGAAGAUACGAGUCGUCUUUGACUGCUCAGCUAAGUUUCGAGAGACGUCCUUGAAUGAUCAUCUUACCGGUUCAGAGGUGACAAACACAUUGCUGGGCGUCCUUUGUCGUUUUCGUAAGGGUCCAGUUGCAAUCAUGUGUGACGUAGAGUGCAUGUUCCACCAGUUUCAUGUGAAAGCAGAAGACCAAGAUUAUCUACGGUUCCUUUGGUGGGAGAACGGAGAUCUAGAGUCUCAACCCUCAGCGUAUCGUAUGAUGGUCCACUUGUUCGGCGCAGCUUCAUCUCCUGGUUGCGCCAACUAUGGUCUCAAACAUCUUGCUGCCGAAGGACAAGGAAGCUUCAGCGAGAAGUCUAUCCAGUUCAUAGAAAGGAACUUUUAUGUUGAUGAUGGGUUGACGAGCGUAUCGUCUGAAGCUGAAGCGGCCCAGCUGGGGAAAGAAGCAAGAGAGCUUUGCAGCAUCGGCAAACUUCGGUUGCACAAGUUUAUCUCUAACAGCAAGGAAGGAUAUAGCCACAAUUCCCAAGGAAGAACGUGCCAAGGGUGCCAAAGACCUGGAUAUGGCUCUGGGUGA